GAAACGUCGAUCUUUGAAAUCCGAUCGACUUCGUUAGUGUAACCUUUCUGCGUCUCUGUCUCGUUUCCUCUUAGCUCGUCUGUGAGUCGAGGCUUCUAACCUAAACAUGCCGAAAGAGAUUAAAGAAAUUAAGGACUUUCUGCUGAAAGCCAGGAGGAAGGACGCCAAAUCUGUCAAGAUAAAGAAAAAUAUGGAUAACGUCAAAUUUAAAGUGAGGUGUUCAAGGUUUCUUUACACUUUGGUAAUCAAGGAUAAAGAAAAGGCAGAAAAAUUAAAGCAAUCUCUUCCUCCAGGUCUCCAAGUAAAGGAAAUCAAAUAAUUUUUUUAUGUAAACAAUAAAUUUUAAUUUUACAUAUA